AUGGCUGGUCUUUUUGACUUUUUUAAAAUUGAAGACGGUGUGGCUGAUGACCCUGACAUUGAGCUUCGAAACCCUACCCAGCCCAAACGUAAGCGAAAUCGAGAAAACUACCGCAAGAAAAACCGCGAGCUAAAAGAAGCCCAUGAUCUCAGUACUCUCAGCAAGCCCAUUGGCCGAGAAAAUGACUCUGGAAAUAGAGAAUACAAAUGACGACUCAUUGACCUGACCCCUGAAAGAAUCCAAGAACUGACAACCCAAAUGAUUUUUCGGCUUGGCGAAGGAAAAGGAACUGCAUACUAUAUGUUAGGUAUAAAUGAUGACGGAAUUCCAAUAGGGAUUUCUCCUGAAGAAAUGAAAGAGUCUCUCAGCAAUAUCGAGGCCAUCAGUUCUUCAGCGAACGCUGAAAUGAGAGUCCUCCGCACUGAAAGAGGCAUUGAUGGCGAAGUUGCUGAAGUCAUGGUCAGCAAGUCAGACAGGGAGACUGUCAUCAUGGACAUCAGGAUCAUUCUGCUUGGCAAAGGAGGAAACGGGAAAAGCACACUAAUUGGAGUCUUGACACAAGGCAAAAAAGAUAAUGGGAAAGGCUUGGCAAGAAUGAAUAUAUGUAAGCAUAAGCAUGAAGCACUGAUGGGAAGAACUUGUUCAGUAAGCCAACAUAUUUUAGGAUUUGACAGCCAUGGGGAUGUCACUAAUUUUACGCAUGGAUACAGGAAUUCUUCAAAUUAUAUACUUGAUAAGUCCUCAAAAAUUAUUACACUGAUUGAUCUGGCUGGGAGCGAAAAGUAUGCAAAUGCUGUGGUGUCUGGGAUGUGCAGCCAGAUCCCUGACUAUGCUUUGCUAAUUUUGGACGCCGCGUCUGGGUUUGAUGAAAUUUCUUUGGAGCAUUUAAAAUUGGCUGAGGCACUAAAACUCCCUUUGAUGAUUGUUAUUACUAAAGUGGAUAAAGCAAGCCAAGAAGAGCUCAACCGAACGCUAGACCAGCUAGAUAUAUAUGUAAAAGCCCUGAAAACCCAUAUAACUAAUAAUGAAGAUAUUGUUUUGAUUAGCAAAAUGUUCACAGAAGUUGGCCUUGUCCCGAUUUUUCAAGUCUCCUGUGUGACUGGGAUGAAUUUAUGCUGAUUAAAAGAAUUAAUGCAGAUUUUUUAUAUGAAAAUAAUGGUAUUAUUAAUAGUGGCCUGGUAUAGACAUUUUAGGAAAUUUUCUGAACUGUUUGCCUGUCUCAGAUUCAUGAGACAAAGAAUCUGAAGCAGAAACAGAAUUUUAUAUUGAAAGAGGCAUAGAAAAGGACGGGAAAAAAAUACUCGGAGGGGUCGUUGUAAAAGGCAGCAUUAAUAAAGGCCAGAAAAUGCUGCUGGGCCCUAAUGAUGAAGGAAGGUUCAGUAUCGUCCAAAUAAAAAGCAUUCACUGUAAGCACGUCCCUGUCACAAGUGUCAGGGCAGGCCAAUUCUGUGCAUUUCAAGUUUACAACUGUGGAGAAGUCCGGUCAGGGAUGGCCUUAUUACACAUAAAUUCAACCCCUCGGGCUGCUUUUGAGUUUCAAUGUGAAAUAACUCCUAUUGAUAAUGUAAAUGGGGUUAGGAAGCUUAGCAAUAAUUACACCCCUUUAAUUCAUACGCAAUUUAUUAGACAGUGCGCAAGGGUGAUUAGUGAAGAAGCUGAAGAGCCUAUCGAAAUUUUCCCAAACAAAGCCACAGUUUUGAAGCUAAGGUUCCUUUACCAUCCAGAAUACAUUGUUCCUGGGACUAGACUUAUGGUGAAAGAUACCUUCAUGACUGCGAUAGGAAAGAUUUUAAGUGUGGAAUAUAUUAAUUUCUCAUAA